AUGGCCGCUCCAUACGUCUACCCGGUCCCCAACUCCCAGCUCAUCGCCGCGCACGCCCUCCAAGCCCACUUUGAGGGCGGGUACUUUGCGCAGACGGUCGCCGUCUCGUCCGUCCCCACCCCGUCGUCGCCGAGCCCCUCUUCCACGCCCGCGCUCUCGACCGCUGCGUCGUCUGCAGAGCCCUCACGCACGUCGUCCCCCACUGGCACUGCGAUGACCGCCGCCUCGUCCUCGACUGCGACGCUCGAUAACCGCGCACUCGUCCCCUCGGGCCCUGCUGCUGCCCUCCUCGUGCCCGCGGCGGCCAAAGAGCCUGCGCCGAUGUACGCGGACGCGACGCAAAUCUACUAUCUCCUCACUCCCGGGUCGUACAGGGGCAGGAUGCACAUGAACCUACAUGCUACCUUCCACGUCCACCACGCCGGCCGCGCAGUGUACACCCUCAUUCGCCCCAUCCCCGGUUCCCGCACCGGCCCCGAGGUGCGCCGCGUCACGGUCGGAUCCGACGUCGCUGCCGGAGAAGUCACGCAGCUCUUCGUGCCCGGCGGGUGGUGGAAGGCUAGCGAGAUCCCCGAGGCCGACCUGGCACUGGGCGACGGCGAGAAUGUGGGCUGCCUCAUCUCCGAGGUGGUGGUUCCCGGAUGGAAUCCUGAGCAGCACCAGUUUAUCGAUUUGGGCAAGCUCAAGGCCAUGUGGAACGGCGAGGGCGGCUGGGAGCCGUACGAGAAGUACAUUGCCCCGCCUGCGGGUCUCUCGUACCCUGACAAAGAGUAA